CAGAGACCUUUAGUGUUGACGGACAUGGGCAGGUCAAGAGACGCAGAAGCAGAGCUCAACUUACCUCCGGGCUUCCGCUUCCACCCCACCGACGAGGAGCUCGUCGUCCACUACCUCUGCCGCAAGGCCGCCCACCCACGCCUCCCCCGUAUUCCAGUUCCGAUCAUCGCCGAGGUCGAUUUGUACAAGUAUGAACCUUGGGAUCUUCCAGAUAUGGCGAUGUUCGGGACGAAGGAGUGGUAUUUCUUCACGCCGCGGGAUCGGAAAUACCCCAACGGAUCGCGGCCGAAUCGUGCCGCCGGGCGCGGGUACUGGAAGGCCACCGGAGCUGACAAACCGGUGGCGCCGCAGGGGAGCGGUAGAGCCGUUGGGAUCAAGAAAGCUCUUGUAUUUUACGACGGGAAGGCGCCGAAGGGAAUCAAGACGGAUUGGAUCAUGCAUGAGUAUCGACUUGCGGAUGUCAAUCGAAGUGCGAAGGGAAGCGGAAGCUUGAGGCUGGAUGAUUGGGUGCUCUGUCGAUUGUAUAAUAAGAAGAAUAAUUGGGGGAAGAUGGGGAAGAGUUCGAUCGAGCAGAACGAUGAUGCGAGAUCGGAGAGCUUGAUGACUCCGGAAUCGGGGAUUGAGUUGCCGGAUUUUGAUGAAUUUGGGGAUGCUGGAUUUGGUCGUGGAAUGCAGGCGGCGGCGGCGGUUCCAGCGAUUAAGGAAGACUAUGAUUGGUAUUCGGGUUUGAAUUUGGGGGAUUUUCAGAUGCCGGCGGUCGAUUACUCGAAUCAAGAUUUCAUUUUUUAUGAGCUUUGAUUCGCCGAAGAAACGUGGUGUUUCAAGUUUGCCUUCGAUUUGAAGAGAGAGUUGACAGUGGGCGAUGGAAUUUGUAUAUAAUUUUAGAAAAAAGAACAACGAUUUUGAUGUUGUGUUAGAGGCAUUUCUACAAAAAUUAAAAUUUUAAAAGCAGAAAAAAAAGGGUGUGUAAUCUUCAUUAGUAGAGUCAUCAUUCGA